GAGUCCGACCUCCUUGAAAUGCUGUCAGAGUUCAGUGUAAACUGAAAUCGCCACAACCUGGACGAGCUGGACAGAGUCAUGGGCUUUCUUCCUUUCUUCUCCUUAGAAACAUGGAUUCUACUGAUCACGUUCGUCUGCUUGUUUGUCAUGUACGGCUACUCGAGUUAUGGAGUGUUUGAAGAGAUGGGGAUCCCUGGUCCCAAACCAAGGAUGUUUAUGGGCACAGUUGGCCGGUAUAACAAAGUUUCAUACUUAGAUGAUGUCGAGUGUGCUAAGAAGUAUGGGAGAGUGUGGGGCAUGUAUGAGUUCAAGAGGCCCAUGUUGGCUGUGAUGGAUCCUGACAUGUUGAAAACCAUCCUGGUGAAGGAGUGCUUCACCUACUUUACCAACCGGAGGAUCUUCCCGACGAUCGGGGAACUGUACGACACGCUUUUCUUUGCUAUGGACGAUGACUGGAGACGGAUUCGUAACACCAUGUCCCCCACGUUCUCCUCUGGUCGUUUGAAAGAGAUGUUUAGCAUCAUGAAACAUCAUUCCCGCAAAAUGGCGGACAGGCUGCGGCUCAAGGUGGACAAUAAUGAAGUUAUUGAAGUUAAGAGCGUCUUUGCCCCCUACAGUCUGGAUGCGGUAGCGAGUUGUGCGUUCAGUGUGGACGUGGACUCCAUCAACAACCCCUCGAGUCCCAUCUUCAUCUACAGCUCAAAUAUGUUUAGACUUUCCAUCCUCGUUUUCAUAUGCCAAGGAUACUUCCCCUUCCUUGUUCCUCUCUUGGAGCUGUUGGGUUUGUCUAUAUUCAACAAGACUUCCUCAUCUUACUUGAGAGCGGUUGUGGAGAAGAUCAGAGCAGAGCGCAAUGGCCAGAAUUCACGAGACAUCCUUCAGCAUAUGAUCGACUCUCAGACAGUCAGCGAAUCCAGAAAAGAGAAGCAGAAAAAGGGUCUCAAUGAUCAUGAGAUUGGUUCUCAGGGUAUAUUGUUCAUGAAUGCUGGUUUGGAGACGAGCUCCUCUGCUCUCAGCUUCUUGGCCUACAAUCUGGCCCAAAAUCCCGAGGUCAUGAAACGUCUGCAGAAGGAGAUCGACGCAACUUUCCCAAACAAGGGUCCGCUCCAGUAUGAAGCUCUGAUGCAGAUGGAAUACUUAGAGUGUGUGGUCAACGAGAGUCUGAGGCUCUACCCUCCGGGCGCACGUCUCGAGCGAGAGGCCAAAGAAUCUGUCAAGAUCAAUGGAAUCAUAAUCCCGAAGGGCAUGUUAGUUGCGAUCCCCGUCUACGCUCUGCACCGCGACCCCGAGCUGUGGCCUGAGCCCGAGGAGUUCAAACCUGACAGAUUUAGUAAAGACAACAAGCAGAACAUCAACCCAUACGCUUUCCUGCCAUUCGGCCUUGGGCCUCGGAACUGCGUGGGGAUGCGGUUUGCUAAGAUCAUAGUUAAACUGGCUUUGGUGGAAAUUUUGCAGAACUACAGCUUCUCAGUCUGCGAGGAGACAGAGAUCCCCUUGCGGAUGGAUCCUCAAGGCAUCGUUGGACCAUUGAAACCAAUUAAACUGAAGCUGGUGCCACGUUCCGACGCCUCCGAACAUGUGGACAUGUCCAACUAGGAAGGACCAAGAGAGACACGUCCCUCAAGACCGAAUUAUCCUCUUGAUUUAUUGACAAUGCUGCACGCACUAUGAUUGUUUUCAUCAGAAACUUGAAAUCUUAUGUAAACCAAUAAUAGUGAUCCUGUUGAUUUUUGUAUCAUGUCAUUUUAUGCGAAAUACAGAAUACAUAAAAUAAUUGACAUAUUUUUAAUGAUACAAAUAUGUUGUUUACCAAAUGUAAAGACCGAAAAGAACUGGUGGUCGACUGAUGCUGACAUGUAGAGAAAGAGACUAAAUAUAAUAACAAAACCUAAUCUUCUGACACUGAAUAAACGUUCCUUUCCCACAUCAUGAACAUUA